AACAAAUUCAUUCAAAGAGGAAGUGCAAAAUGGUUGACUACAGCGCUACCAGCUUUAAGUUCGAUUUUAGCCAAUGGAAUUUUCCUGAAGAACGCAUUUGGUUGCAUAAAUCGAGUGCAGAAAUUACUUGGAAAAUAUGCACUUUUAUUCCUGUAAUUGCCUUUGGACUGUAUGGCAAUUUUAUAAUGAUCUAUUUAAUUGCAACAAAUAGAUCUUUGCGAACUCCAACGAAUUUGAUUAUAGCCAAUAUGGCUAUGGCUGAUUUUUUAACUCUCUUGAUAUGUCCGGCCAUGUUUAUGGUCAAUGAUUUCUAUCAGAAUUAUCAAUUGGGUUGUGUGGGCUGUAAAAUGGAGGGUUUCCUGGUUGUUAUAUUUCUCAUUACAGCUGUCCUUAAUCUCUCUGUGGUUAGUUAUGAUCGUCUUACGGCCAUAGUGUUACCACGAGAGACACGUUUAACUUUUACAGCAGCGAAAAUUGUGAUUUUAUGUACUUGGAUAUUAGGUGUAUUAUUUGCUUCACCCUUGGCCCUAUAUCGUUCAUAUAGAGUGCGUAUUUGGAAGAAUUUCACCGAGAUAUAUUGCAAAGAGAACACUUCAAUAUUACCAAAAUAUUGGUAUGUAUUAAUUACCAUAUUGGUAUGGCUACCAUUGGGCAUUAUGUUGAUUUGUUAUAUAGCCAUUUUCUAUAAGUUGGAUCGCUAUGAGAAACGUGUUCUAAGUCGUGAACAUCCUUUGACUGUCAGCUAUAAACGAAGUGUGGCCAAGACUUUAUUCAUAGUGGUUGUCGUCUUUUUGGUCUUACGUUUGCCUUUUACCAUUUUGAUUGUAUUACGUGAGAAAUAUUAUACAACGGAUAGCACUGUGAAUAGUGGAAUGCAAUUAUUUUGGUAUUUCUCACAAUAUUUAAUGUUUUUCAAUGCUGCAGUCAAUCCCAUGAUCUAUGGCUUUAAUAAUGAAAAUUUUCGUCGAGCCUAUGCCCAGAUUUGGUGUGUGAAACGUUGGAAAGCCACAGCAAAAGUUAAAGAGGAGACAAAUCCAAAUGGUUCACAUUAUUGUUGCUAUUGUGCCUUUAUGAAGAAACAGAAAGUAAAGGAAACAACACAAGAGGUUACAACCACGGCAAAAGCUUCAAUUGGAACGAGUAGUAAUCAACAUAUUGAGGGUGAUGGUUUCAUAUGAAAUAAUGUAGUUUAAUAUGAUUAAGUAUGUUAGGCCCAUCGCUGACUUAGUCCAGCACUGAUUUCAAUCAGCUGU